AGCGAUGGGUUGUUGCUAGCAUUGUAUUUCGUUGUUUGCUAGCUUGGACAUUAGAGCAAUAUGAUAUUAACCACCGUUAUUUGAAGUUGUGUAUUUAAUAGGCCUCGACAUAUAAAUACAUUUAGCUAUAAUGUCAGAUAGGAAGCGAUCUCGAGAGAAGGAAGAUAGGAGAGAACAUAAAAGACACAAGGAAUCAAAACACGAGGAGGAGAAGAUCCGAAAACAUGACAAAAAACUUAAUCUCGAAGUGCAGAAAAUCAAGCAUGUGGAGACUUUCUAUGAAAACCCACCCCCUGGACUUAUAAAGGAAUAUGACGAUCGACCAGAGGACUGCAUCCCGAAUGACCCAGGCAACGAGCAGGCACGGGACUUCCUGGCCAGUGCUCCCACCAAAGGCUUAUGGAUGCCCCUGGGGAAGGAAGUGAAAGUCAUGCAGUGUUGGAGAUGCAAACGCUAUGGACACAGGACUGGAGACCGAGAGUGUCCAUUCUUCAUCAAGGGAAACCAGAAACUGGAGCAGUUCAGGGUGGCCCACGAGGACCCCAUGUAUGACCUGAUCAGGGAGAACAAGCGCAAUGAGAAGGAAAUGCGCAUCCAGCAGCUCCAGCAGCUGUUACAGGACACUACGUCUGACGACGACGACGACGACUCCAGCUCCUCCUCCUCCUCCUCCUCCUCAUCCUCGUCCUCCUCCUCUUCCUCCGGCCACGGUCACAAACACAAGAAGAAGAGAUCCAAGGAGAAGAAGAAGAAGAGAGAAAAGAAGAAGGCCAAAGAGAAGAAGAAGAAGAAGAGGAGGAGCGCACACAGGCACAAGUCGAGGACGAGGAGCAAGGGCUCUGAGUCAGACUGACUGACUGUGUAAGGGGGCUGAAUCUGAAUGAGGCCCUGGGGUGGGUAGAGAGAGAGAGAGAGAGAGAGAUGGAUGGAGGAUCAGUGAAGAUGGAGAAUAGAUGGUGGGUGGGCGGAGAGGAGAUGCAAGUAUUGUUGUGGAUGGGAUGAGUG